AUGUUGUUGAUAAACAGAAUGAAUAGCGGUAGCAACACCAAUCAAAGCAGCAAGGACAAAACUCUACCCAACAAUGGCCAUUUUCGCAACAACUCCUCCAGCAGCUUCAAUGUGACUGCCGAUGGGGCUACCACAGCCACACCAUCAUCAUCAAUACCUUCUUCUUCACUCCCACAUUUAAAUAGUUCACCCAGCUUCAAAAGAGCCAACACCACCACCAACAAUAGCGUCAACAACGAAGAUUCAAAUACUGACAAAAAAUCAAAAUUCACUUUACAGGGCAUGUUCAGGAAAAAGAGCAUCCCAGCAACAACAACAACAACUCAGAAGAACGAGCAUAAUGCAGAUUCGGAAGAGAAUGAGCUUCAACAACCGUAUACUCCUUUCCAAUCUUCACCUUUUCGUGAAGAACCACAAUACAACACAGGCAUUAUAACAACACCAAUACCAGAAUCUGUUGCUUCCAACUCACCAACCACAGUCACACCUCAUGGUAUCAUGGACAAUACCAACCACAUAACUAUAAUACAAAGCAUUGAGGAAGAGGAAGAUGAAAACGAGGCCUCCUCUUUUAACCACAUCUCUACAGAUUCAAUAGAGGACUAUUUUGGACAGCACCAACAGCAAGCCAAUUUUAAUUCCACCCCACGAUUCGUUCCAUCAAGUAUAGAACCAAUCUCGAGAGCAACUUUGUUUUCUCCUGCACAAGCUCACAUAUCUCACCAGGGAAAAGUCACUGCUGCUACGACUACUGGCUCAGAUGACGAGAGAUAUACAUCUUUCACAGCAGACUGUGUAUCUCUACAAAACAGUGAAAUGAGCACGGCUAUGGAAUUGGACUCAGACACGAUGAUCAUCAAUGCCCCUGAUUACAAGGCAGUCGAGGACACCAAAGAACCACAAGUGAAUGUGGGUAAAGCAAGAGGUGAGGGAAGUUUCAAGUCGAAACUCAAAGAAACAACCACCAAACGCCCAUCCCUAUCAUCAAGAAAACCCUCCUCGGCACCAAAAAGAAAUUUAAAGAGUCUACUACGAAUUGGCUCGUUCUCAGGAAACCACAAUAUACGAACCACAAAUCCUCACAAAGAUGCCGUGGCCACGAAAGUGUCGACACCAGCAGCAGAAACAACAACAGUGGCAACCACACCACGAACCCUUGAGCAGCAAGCUAACCAGUCCGAGUUUAGCUUUGACGAAGGCGACGAUAAUGUUCUGUAUUCAGAAUCUGAGUUUGAGGAGUCUCAACUGGAGCUAAAUUUCGACCCAAAACACGAGGAGAGCGAACUGGACUACAAACUUGGCGGUUAUCAUCCCGUUUGUAAAGGAGAUGUUUACUUCAGCCGUAAAUCACCCAAUCGUGAAUAUGUCAUUUUGCGUAAAUUGGGUUGGGGCCACUUUUCAACAGUUUGGCUUGCAAAGUCGAGAAUGUCCCAACUUGGAAAUGCAUCAAACUCCAUACACUCAUUGUCAUCAACAACAAGUGCCAGUAGCGGUGGUAGCUGUGGCGACGAUUGCAACGAAUACUUUGUUGCCAUCAAGUUUGUCAAAUCCAACAAGAAUUACAGAGAAGCAGCAAGAGAUGAGAUUAGAAUCUUGCAAACUUUGCAAGAUCCUGUUCAUAACCAUGAGCAUUUGGCUGGUGAACACGCAAAUUAUUUUGAAUCCCAUCCACCUAAUCAACACCCUGGUUACAAUCACUUGAUGAAACUACUUGAUGACUUUGAAAUCACUGGCCCUAAUGGCAACCACGUUUGCAUGGUGUUUGAAAUUCUUGGUGAAAAUGUCUUGAACUUGAUUUACAAGUACAAAAAGUUUUAUAGACAUGUGGAUGAGGAAAUAAAGAGAAAGAGUGAAGAAGGUGAUGAGUCAAAACAAGAACACCCACAGUCAAAAUCUGAACAACAAUCACAAACAGCCAUGAAAUUUGGUAAAUGGGACAACAAAUAUUUCAAGCGCAAUACCAAGUCGAAAUUGAGCUUGGGCUUGACUAAAAAGGACUUGGCGGAUUCUACAAAUGCUGUCCCACCCUCCACUGCGUCAACAAUAUCAUCAACGUCUACCACUGUGUCUCCAAUCGAGACUGUAAUGGAGACGAGCCAAGAUAUUGAUUCUUCAAUGACCACGACCGGUACAGCUGCCACUGGAUUUGGUCUUGGCAUGGCAAUCGGUGCUGCUUCUGCAGCUGGUUGUGGCACCGCUCAACAGUCAACUACAGUUUGUACAGACCCGUGGCAGAAUUCAAUGGAAAGGAAACUCAAGGCAAUGAGCUCUGAAUCUUUGGUCAAACUCAUCAAGACUUCACGUAGUGUCGGUGGUAUUCCUUUGCCUAUAACGAAGACCAUUGUGAAGCAGUUGUUGUUGGCAAUUGAUUACAUGCAUCAUUGUGGAAUCAUUCAUACAGAUUUGAAGCCGGAAAACAUUUUGAUUAAUAUCGAGGAUAUAAAUAAGGUUAUUCGUGCAGUUGAAGAGGAGAGAUUGACAAAAGCCAAAGCUAGUAACUCGUCGUUAAGUCGUGCUGCUUCAUUGAUUAAAAGGGGUGGAUCGUUCAGCAAGCCUAAUUUGGCGCAACGAACCCUGAGUUUCUCCUUGUUUCAACAAGCGCCUCCGGCAACAGUGGCGGAACAACCUGAAGACCUAGAGCAACAGCAGCAACAACCACAACCUUUGCUGGCGGAGCAAAAACCGCGCCAAGAUUCAACCACAUCCGUCACAUCUUCACAAUCGUCCAGUUUUUACUACAAGAGACUGAAGAAUUCCAUUCUGGGUAAGCACGACUGCCCAAUUCGUUCAUCGAAACCACUCUCGUCAGCCACAACAUCGUCAGACAUUUUCUUCAAAGAUGUUGAUUUUGGCAAAGCACGCCGCGAAGUAGGCCCCAAAACCGCAAGCCCCAAGAACUUUUCCCUUUUCGACCGCGGAAAGAAAUCAAUCUUUAGCAAUAGUUCUCCUUCAUUGCUCAAGACUUGUGCCGCAGCCACAGCCACAGCCACAGCCACAGCCGCAACCGCAGUCGCAGCCUCCACCACUAGCAAUGUCACUAGCGACAACAUUUCCAUCAAGAUUGCGGAUUUGGGAAACGCAACUUACACCAAUGAGCACUUUACCAAUCAAAUUCAGACACGCCAAUACCGCUCUCCUGAGAUUAUUCUCAAGUAUAAAUCAUGGGGAUCAUCUACGGAUUUAUGGAGUAUUGGGUGUAUAAUAUUUGAGUUGAUUACCGGUGAUUUCUUGUUUGAUCCUCAUGAUGGCAAGUAUUUCGAUAAGGACGAGGACCAUUUGGCGCAAAUUGUUGAGUUGUUGGGCCGUUUCCCCCUGGAUGAGUAUCUCGUUGAUUGUAAAUUGACGGGAAAGUUUUUCAAGUUGCAUCCGGAAAACCACCGGCAAAUAAUCUUCAAAAAUAUUGAUAAUUUGAAGUAUUGGGGAUUGGAAGAGGUUCUUGUUGAGAAGUACAAGUUUUCAGCUAGUGAUCCACAAGUGAAGUUGAUUUGUGACUUGAUUUUGAAGUGCUUGACUUUUGAUUUGGAUCAGCGGUAUGAUGCUGGUAGUUUGUUGAAACAUCCAUGGUUCAGCACUGGAGAUGGACCCGUUGGUGAAGAUGAUGGUGUGGAUGGCAAUGCAGUUGGAAAUGAAACUACUGGGGCUGUGGAUGAAGAAGCCUUGAAAAAAUUGCCCAAUGUACAUGAUGACUUACCUGGGUACACUUGCGAGGCUUAA